AUGCAAUGGCUUUCGAUGACAGUCAUUGGAUGCUAUAAAACAGAAUCGGAAAACGUCAUCCAUGCAUAUACUACUACUUCUAAGUACGCCAUCUUGGCGGAAUCAGAAAUGAGAAACCCAAUGAAAAUAAAACUAUUUUAUAUUCUUCAUGAACAUGAUGGCCAUAAGAGAGAGUUUCAAUACCCAAUUUACAUAAAGUUAAGGAAUGAACUCAUGAAGAGGCAUACCUUUCCAUCCGUGAGGCAUUUGGAAGUAAUAAGAACACCCAUAAUCUCCAUAAAGAGAAAUAAAUUAUUGAAUGUUGCAUACCAUUUGGUGAUUGGAACCAUUGACGGAAUAAUGAUUACCACUCUGGAAAACUUCAUUAGUACUGAUCAAGAGCCCUUGACUGUUUGGAAACAUGAUAAUAUGAAUGAUGUAAUAAAUUGUGUUUAUUGUCAAAGCCAUAAGAAUGGUACUAUUGAAAUUGUCAUGGGGACUGUCUUAGGUAAAAUUAUUGACAUUUCUUUCAAUGUUCGUCAUGGGAAAUUUACAAAAAUGAACGAAACUAGAAACUCUUCAGUCUUGCAAAAAUGCCAACAGCUGAUGAAUGAUUCGAUAAUUUCCGUAAAUGGAUUGAGGGAUGUUAACGACGGAGCAAACUUUAAGACAUCUAAGGACGAUGAAUUAUGGGUUCGAAAUUCUAUUACCGAGGCAUUGGUAUUUGGCUGUUUCGAUAAUUACCUUUAUGGAAUCAUCGAUGGUAAAGUAGAGAAUCAAUGCUGUUACGAGAAUGUGAAUAAUAUAAGUAACCUCGCCUCCUCACCAAGCGAUAUGAACCAAGAAAGAUUAGGAUCACUCGAGACAAGCAAUAAUAUGAGUGACCACAUAUUGACCGACGUAGAUUUUGUCAUUGCGAAACAAUAUUCCUCUUCGUCUUUAAGAUUUUACGUAGCCAAUGUAACAAAUAUUGGAUGCAUAUUAUACAGAAGAACAAAUAGAGGCGAAUGGGAUAAAUUGAGAGUAUUUAAACGAUAUACACAUUCCGAAAAAUCACCUCAAGUGAAUUGCCGACUACAACUCCUUCCAACUUCUAAUGAAUUACAAAUAUUCAGUGGUAGCGAAGAUGGAAAACUUUUCCAAUGGCGUUAUGACUAUAUAAACGACACGGUUAUCUCCAAGAUCGUUAGCAUCAACAAUCAAGCAACAACAGUGCAUUCUUUGUCCUUUCAAGGGCCCAAUAAGUUAUUCUUUGUUGAAAGGUAUUCCGAUAAAAGCUCGUUGGGAUACUUCGAUCUAUUAUUAAUAUAG